CAUCUCGGUUUUUGUAUUGCCUCUUUUCAGAUCUUCUCUCAAGAUGGCAUGUCCCCUCGAUCAAGCCAUUUGCGUGCUGGUUGCCGUUUUCCACAAAUAUUCUGGCAAGGAGGGCGAUAAGAACACUCUAAGUAAGAAAGAGUUGAAGGAACUGAUCCAGAAAGAAAUGACCAUUGGACCGAAAUUGAACGAAAAAGAAAUCCAAGGGCUGAUGACGGAUCUGGACCGUAACGGAGACCAGGAGGUGAACUUCCAGGAGUACGUCACUUUCUUGGGCGCCUUGGCCAUGAUUUACAACGAAGCUUUGGCUUGCUAAAGCGGGCCGGACGGCAUGAGGGGGUGUGGUCUCGAAAUACGGCUCUCUAAGAUUGUUCUAAUAUCUAAUAAAAAUUAAGUUUUGUAAAGUU